AGCCGUUUUGGUGCGAGAGUGCCUUUUUUUCAGGCAGCGGUUGAAGCCAGAAGGCUUUCUGCAGGUUCACUGUUCCUACGUGCUACAGAACUGUAUUUGAUAUGAGCAGCGGGCCCCAGGUCCCCAUGGCGAAACUGAGGGACGAGGCCGUCCAGGCAUUGCUUCAGUUGGCCGUGGAUUCGUUUGGCGCGAGGAACAUUAUUGUGAACUGCCACGGUGUCCAGAAGCACCUCAUCAAGAUAUCCGAGCAAGUCCAGGAGCACAGGAUGCGUUCGGACCAGCACCUGCCGCCUGCGGGUUCGGCCGCUGCCCCCAUGGGCUCAUGGCCGCAUGACCUUCGAGUCGCUCUGAUCUCCGAGGGCCACGUCCAGGGUCACCAGCGGAGCGUGGCUUCUUCCGCGACCAACGCUGAGGGGGCCCCGAUUCUCCAGAAGGUCGCCUGCUCCAUUUACCCGCCCAGUCAGCUAGCGCUCGGGGACCCGUCCUGUGGCGCGGAUGAGAGCCUCUCGAUUCUCUCCACCGGCCCACCGGCAACGGGGCAGUCGGAUGCGUUGCUUGCUUACUUGGCGGCGCAGGCACGUGAUCAGCUGGACACCCAGGAGUCCACGCUUGACGACUACGCCAAGAAGGAGCUGGCCUACACGCACGAGGGCGAAACUAAGGAUCGGGACAACGCACAGCCCGGGGAAAAGCCGCGGAGUCGGAAAGCGAAGGCGAAGUGCAACAAGGGCAAAGACGAGGCAGAGGAGCCGCCAGGGGCAGGCGACACUGCCCUGAUCGUGAAAGGGAUACAUGCGAAGUGCGGGAGGGAUGACGUGCACGCCAUGCUCGAGGGAUCCGGCUUCACAAAAGCGUUCGACCUGCUGUACGUGCCAAAGGAUUUCGUGAACAGGCAGAACAGGGGGUAUUUCCACGUCAACUUCAGGGAGGCAGCGGAUGCAGAGAAAUUCUCGAGGAUGCUGCAAAGCAGGCCCAGUGACCUGGCCGUGAAUUGGGCAAUCGCCAACCCGAAUUCGAGAUUGGUGGCGCAUCGCGCCCGCCACCAGGGGCUGUACAAUUUUGUGAUGGAUCUCAUGUCGGGGCGCAAGUUCCGCGCCGAAAACAAAGAGUACCUUCCGUGGGUGUAUCUUCCGGGCUCAUCUCAGAACGGGUGCCCGCUGACCAAGCAGAUGGCCGAGCAGUUGUUGUCCUCAGAGUUCCAUGGUUCUGAUGGCUCGCCGUCUUCCUCUGGCAAUGAGGUCACGAUGUGACUCCCUGACUUGUGAUCCCAUGCAUGUCAACAGCGAUUCUCACUCUUGCCUGUCGCAACUACUUGGGGUAGUGCGCGUUAUGGGCAUACUGCCAUGCGUGGCGGCAACCAUGUGUUUCCGCUAUCGUUUGUCUCAUCCCCCGCCUUGUCCCCCUCCCCCCCCCUCCUCCUCCUCCUCCUCCUCCUCCUCCUCCUCCUCCUCCUCCUGCUGGUGCCGGCCUCGUGGGUCUCUUGAGGUCCAAGUUGUUGCUGAACCUCUUGAAUGUAACUAUGUUUGUCGUCGUGCUCACUGUGUAACCGUGGUCGAGCGAGGACGACCCGAGGCUCUCAGUCCACGAGCGGCCGUCAUUAAGUCGCCAUCUCACGAUGCGCGGACGGUAAGUCGGUCAUUGCUGAUGCCAUGUUUCUCUGUUCGAUUCAGUUCGACCUUCAGCACGACACCGAUGCGCCGCCGCCGCCUCUCGGUGGCGAGCCCUCGCUUUCUCGCUUCCCCCCCUCGCUCGCUCGCCGGGCCUCCUGCUCCCCAUCGGCAACAGAUCUGAGCACGGCUUCCUUUUUCCGCCCCGGAGGGCCCCACCCUCCGGGCCCGCCCGCCCGCUCGCCUGCACCUGGACCACGGCCCUUUAUAUCUACAUGGGCCUUCCAGAUGGGGUCGGAGCAGAUGGGGUCGCGCCGCAUCGCCGAUGCGUCGCCGAGGCGGCUCGAUGUGGAGCCCGAUUGGCCUCACGUCGACAUCGCCGAUGGGGCCAUACAGGCCACUCCAUCAGUUCGCGCCCCAUGCCGGCCCAGGCCGGCCAGGCCGAGCAAUGAGCCGACAAGGCCCAGCAAGGGGUGGCGCAGUGCCACGCUGAGUCCAAUCGCUGAUCUCUUUUUUCCCCUUCUCUCCACGGUCACCCGCUCUGUUUCUGCCGCGGGAGGGAGAUACACAGUUUCCCUUGGAGCAGUGCCACCAGGGAUGCACCCUGGCUGCCAGGAAGCUGUGGAGACAUGGUGCGCUCCAGAGAGGGCUUGACGCCGGCGGAAGCAGAACGAGGGGUUCCUUGUCCACUGCCCUCGCCGCAUCGGUCGUGUGGGGAUUCGGGGCUCGCGGAGCCGCCUCGUGACGCUGUCACCCCUGGCGGGAGCAGGACGCGGCCACGUGUUUUCCCAUCGCUCGGCCAUCGCGGGGCCAGGCAUGUGGAUCCAGCCGAGCACGUGAUUCGCGCAUGCGCCUCCAGCCGCGUGUGUUCCCAGCUUCCUGGCCGUGAUCCCACGGGCGCCCGCCCACGGGGCCCCGCGCGCCCACAAAGGCGGGGCGAGGCACGGGGAGGAUGCCGACGUCGUGCCUUUUGCGGCGCGGGCAGCAUGCACAGCGCUGCCCCAGCCUCACGCGUCGCUGCAGCGCACUGGCGACGGGAAGCGGGUAAGGAGUUGGUGGGUGCCGUCGUGCGCUGUCGCGUCCAAUGUCUGGCAUGGCUCUGCAGACACCCGCAGGGACCUGGCCCAAGGCCUCCUCGGCGGGCAUGGUCCUCGUAUGGCCGCCGGCGCGCUGCCGGGACUCGUCCCGGGGGACGGUCCCAGAAGCAUGCCUCGCGGCAACUGUAUUGCGUAAGCCUUACGGCUAGUGCCGCCGACCCUG